GGGCCUGCCCGUCACCGCUAGAGGACACGGGCAAGAUGGCGGCGUGUGCGGCCGCGCUGCGGCGCCUGGCCCCGCUGGCCCCCCUGGCCCCGCUGGCCCCCCUGGCCCCCCGCCCGCCGGCCGGCCUCCCGCCGCAGCAGCGCAGGGGGAUCCGCCUCUCCGCGCCCGCCCGUAUACAGGUGACGGUGCGGGACGCGCUGAACCAGGCGCUGGAUGAGGAGCUGGAGCGGGACGAGCGCGUCUUCCUGCUGGGCGAGGAGGUGGCCCAGUACGAUGGUGCCUACAAGAUCUCUAGGGGCCUCUGGAAGAAGUACGGGGACAAGAGGGUGAUGGACACGCCGAUAUCCGAGAUGGGCUUUGCAGGAAUCGCUGUCGGAGCUGCCAUGGCAGGGUUGAGACCGGUGUGUGAGUUCAUGACGUUCAACUUCUCCAUGCAAGCAAUUGACCAGGUGAUAAACUCUGCUGCCAAGACCUGUUACAUGUCAGCAGGAGCCAUCAGCGUUCCCAUCGUUUUCCGGGGUCCCAACGGGGCGUCGGCAGGAGUGGCUGCUCAGCAUUCCCAGUGCUUCGCUGCUUGGUACGGGCACUGCCCCGGCCUGAAAGUGGUCAGCCCCUGGAGCUCAGAAGAUGCCAAAGGUCUGCUGAAAGCAGCAAUCCGGGACGAUAAUCCAGUUGUGAUGCUGGAAAAUGAAUUACUGUAUGGUGUUCCCUUUGAAUUGUCUGAACAGGCACAAUCAAAGGAUUUUGUUGUUCCAAUUGGAAAAGCUAAAAUAGAAAGGCAAGGAACUCACGUUACGUUAGUGUCACACUCAAGACCAGUUGGCCACUGUUUGGAAGCAGCUGCUGUACUUGCCAAAGAAGGUGUAGAGUGUGAGGUAAUAAAUAUGCGAACCAUUCGACCAAUGGACAUUGAAACAGUGGAAGCCAGUGUUGUAAAGACAAACCAUCUUGUCACUGUAGAAGGAGGUUGGCCACAGUUUGGAGUAGGAGCUGAAAUCUGUGCCAGGAUCAUGGAAGGAUCUGCCUUUAACUACUUGGAUGCUCCAGCUGUGCGUGUGACCGGUGCAGAUGUGCCUAUGCCAUAUGCAAAAAUUUUAGAAGAUAACUGCAUCCCUCAAGUGAAGGAUAUCAUAUUUGCAGUGAAGAAAGCUUUGAAUAUCUAAGCUGUAAAUACGUUUUAAAGUCUUGCUUUAAAAAGUAUCAAUGGUGUAGGGCAAGUCGUGUGCAUAACUUUGUUGUAUAACUCCAUCAACUUUUGUACAGUGGGGAAAGUACAGAAUAUUUAUAUGGGGUGACCCUCUCAGCCACAGUUUGUAUAAGCAACAACGUGGUAAUGCUUGUUUGUUAACCAUGCAGGUGGGUUAGUGCUAUUGUAUGUGGAGAAAUCCAAUUCUAAAUUCAGAGUGAGGGGGGGAAAAAAAAAAAAAAAUCUUCUGUUUCUGCUUGGCUUGUGUUAAACUGCCUGUAGUAGUGGCUGAGUGAAGAACUGCAGUGAGCAGAAGUCCAGCCUGGGAAUGUGCUCUGCAGCUCUCUAGGAGCCUGUGGCCACAAGGCUUAUUAAAGGUGAAUGAUGAAACUGGAGUGAGUGAAGCCUUGCUUUUCCAUUCAGUGAAGUGCAGCUGCCUGCACAACGUGGCCUCAGAGUAUGGUCUAAGGGGUGGCUGGUGUGUUCAGUCUGAGGAGCACUCGGCUCACUCAGGGAAGCUUCUGCAUACAGAGAUCAGUAUGUGGUGGGAAGCACUACUGAAUUUUUCUUCACUAGCUACCACAUACAGUGAUAAAAAUGGACUUGCCCAGAUGCUUUGCUUUAUGUAUUUUUUUUUUUUCAACUCAACACGUGGGCUAACAGUGGCAGGGUCAAACUACAGUUCUUACAGUGCAAAGUAAGUUAUUGUAUCCAGACACAGGGAGGCUGGGUCUGCAGCAGCAGCACAGAUCAUGCUUGAUGAGCUGGGAAAGCCUGGCAGCAGCUUCCAGACAGGUCACCACAUGGCAGGGUUUAGCUGAGGGGCCAGUCCUGACAGGCAGCAGGAGCCCUGCCAGGCCUUGCUCAGCAGCUCUGGGUACAGAGUGGAAGCUGCCAGGAGUCUGUGCAGUGUCACUGGCUCCACAGCCCCUGACCUGCUGCAGAGGUGAUACUUACUCUGUAAGUAGACAGAAGAGCUUGGGUCCUAUUUCAGUCAAGGACCAGGGUUGCCUUUCAGUGUAUUCCUUUUAGGAGAAGUGCUGCUGGAUUCUUAGGAAGUCUGGCCUGCAGGUGAAAUCCCAGCUGCAUAUACCCACCACCACACUGCUGAAGGAAUUCCAUUAACAUUUUAAUAAAAAGGACCGAAUAUCACAGGUUACAUGAAACUUUGUACAGACAUUCUCUGCAUAGUAACAAACACUGAUGUACUUGAAUUUAAAAAAUGGAUUAUCUAUAAUCCUUUAAAGUGCAAUUUGUUUAAGUUUGUUUUGUUUUUUUUUUUAAUCAAAAAGGAUCUUUCAAUAAAGUUUAAGCUGUAGAAUUAA